AUGGUGCUUUUAGGUAAACUUAGUACUGAGCUUGGGAUCAAAGCAUCCGCUGACAAAUUCUUCAACUACUUUGUAACACAACUUCACGAAAUGCAAAACCAUUGUGAAAGAGUUCAUCAUACCAAACUGCAUGAAGGUGAAGAUUGGCAUGACACUGAUACAGUUAAACACUGGACCUAUGUCAUAGAUGGUGAAGUACACACAUGUUAUGAGAGUUUUGAAGAAGUUGAUAAACAGAACAAAAAGAGCACAUGGAAGCUGUUUGGUGGAGAUAUUAAUAAGCACUAUAAGAACUUUAAGCUCAUCCUUCAAGUAAUUGAUAAGCCUGAUGGCACUGCUGUUGCUAAAUGGACUGUGGAAUAUGAGAAAAUCAACGAGGAUAUUGAUCCUCCAAAUGGAUGGAUGAACUACCUUAGCAAAUGCACUAAAGAUGUUGAUGCUCAUCUUUCCAAGUCAAGGGCCGCUCGAAAAGUGUGA